UGUUAAAGAACCUUGUUCUGUCGUAUUACCAAAUUCGGUUUUCUGGUUCCUUAUCAUUUGGGUAGACUCUGCCAGAGGGAAGGUCUAGGGCUCAAGGCUGUUGUACAAAUUCUUUUGUCCCAUGGGUAUUCCCUUGAUGUAGCACUCUCCGCCUUUUCCUCCGAAUUUUUUUAACGAAAGCCUUUUGUCUGUUCCCUCUGCAGAAAGGCCAAAGCGUGAUCGUCGGCGUCGCACAAUACUUCUCUCUGAACAACUCAAGGCAUUGAGAAAAAUGUUUGAAGAGACCACGUACCCAAGUUUGGCUACAAUGGUGAAACUGGCUUCAGAACAACACCUGAGCCUACUUGUAGUAAAGACAUGGUUCAAGAACCGGCGGGCCAAAUGGAAGAAGCAGCAGCAGCAGCAAAUGCAGCCACAGCUAUCGCUGGGAGCAUCAAGCCAGACUAUUUCAGUGAAGGAGGAGACUCCCUCAGCCGUAACUACUGCAGACAUUCGUCCAAUAAGUCCUAGAAUCUCUGAUGUAAAUGACCAUGAUCUACAUGAGCCUUCUGGUGUCAGGAAUCCUGGAGAAGCUGGCGCCUCUGUGAGGGAUUCAUCCUGGCAUCCUCAGUCACAUGAUAUUGAACAGAUAUGUCUGGGGGCUUCAAAUCUUCCUUGGGCCUCCUCUCCCUAUGAAAUAGAUGAAUUUGUAAAGAUCUAUGACCUGUCAGAGGCAGAUGACACCAGCAGCCUAAAUCAAUAUCUUUUUCUCCCAGUGUGCCUGGAGUAUGACCAGCUCCGAUCUUCAGUGUAACUUCUUACACACAGGCUGGGUGCGGUGGCUCACGCCUGUAAUCCCAGCACUUUGGGAGGCCGAG